AUGGAUCUCUCCUUCUAUUCGCGUAACAAAACGCAGUGCACCCAGGGCUCCGCUGAGGCCAGCACCAAGCUGGGAUGGCAAUCGGAACCGUCGCAGGCAAACGAGACGAUGUCUUCACAUUAUGGUCCUCUUCAACCUCGUUCACCUGCACGUCGACCACGACGUUCUGCUUUCGCGCUUUCUCCCAUCGCGACUGGUUUCGGCCAGCCAUCAGUCCGCUCAAGUAUCGCAGUGUCGUCUCAGCGCUCUGCUAAUCCGUCAUUGACUUCUGCACUGGGUGCACCGACGGCGGCUCUCUGCAUUCCCGAGCGCGGCAAUGUUGUGGUACAGGACGACAUGAUGCUUGACAGCAGGUCUGACGUGGAGAUCAUGCGAGACAAGGCAGUGGCGUUACGAAAAGCGUCAGCAAGAUUCAAAACAAAGGCCUUGUGUCCGAUAUCCAAGCCAAACUCUGAAGUACCGCCCAGGUCUUUCACAUUCUCGGCGACCCUCCCAUCAUGCGAGGCUACGUCCCUCUCGUCUUCUCGGCUUGAUCCAGCCUCCUUGCCGUUUGUUCCCUCCUCCGCCACGACUCUAGCAGGAGUAGCAUCGGCAGGAACGGCGCCUGCACCUCCAGAGUCUUCAUCCCUUCCAGCGCCCGGUAUCGAAGAGAGGGCGAGCAAGUCUGCAGUCAAGGCUCCGUCUUCCCUAGCAGCGCCCAAAGUGGCGAACAUACCAGACCAAGCCGCCGCCGACAGAGUAAAGGUGCGGGAGGUUGCCGAGAGAAUUAUGUCGCGACGAGCAGCCGAGCGAGAUGUCCUAGAUGUAUACGUCGAUGUACCAGCAGCGACAGGAAGCGGAGUUCAGAGUACAUCACAGAUGGCUACGAUGAGUGACAUGCCAGAGAUGGCAGCUGCUCACUCCUGCAAGAUCGCAACCGCACAAGCUUCAGUCAGUCCUGCAUCAGCGGGAGCCACUCCCAGCUUUGCAGCUCAGAUGCAAGUCCGCAUUCGCCAGCUCCUUGCGGACCACAUCGACUCCGACUCCAACGUCGACCUGGUCGCUGAGCUACGAGAUCUGGCGGAUAAGAUAUCACAGGACGCGGAGACGCUUGAGAAGAGGCUGUGA